UUUUGUAGUCAUCAGCGGUGCCCAUGACAAAUGCAGUCGAACGAGCACGUAGCUUAGCCCUUACAUCACAGUUCAUCCACUGUUUUUGGUUAGGGUAUUUUCUGUAAUACUUGGUGGUGGUAACAGUCUCUAUACAUGUGCUAAUGUAGCCAGUAACAGCAGAAGCAUAUUCAUCCAAAUCAACAGUACAAUCUUCCCUCCCCGCUGCAGUUUUAAACACAUCCCAGUUUGUGCAGCCAAAGCAGUCCUGAAGUACUUGAUCAGUUUCUUCAUUCCAUACUUUAACUGCUGUACUUACAGGGGGAGCUUUUUUAAGAAGUUGUCUGUAUGUUGGAUAAAGGAAUAUAGAGAUGUGGUCGGCCUUUCCAAAGUGGGGUCUUGGAACAGCCUUCAAAGCACCUUUCAUGUUGCAGUAGACUUGGUCCAGGAUGUUAUUUUCCCUUGUGGGAAAGCUCACAUGCUGGUAAUAUUUGGGGAGGACAGUCUUGAGGUUACAGUGGUUGAAAUCGCCAGAUAUAAUAAAUACAGCGUCUGGGUGUUUGGUCUCGUGUUUAUCAAUGAUGUCAUGCAGGAGGCCUAGUGCAUUAGCAGUGUUAGCUCGUGGUGGGAUGUAAACAGCAGUUAAAUACACAGCGCUAAACUCACGAGGUAAAUAAAAAGGUCUGCAUUUCACCAUCAGCAGCUCAAUGUCCUGCGAGCAGUACUUUUCCAUCGUCUGUACGUCUGUGCACCACCGUUUGUUUACGUAAACACAGACGCCGCCACCUCUGUGUUUACCAGACGCUAAAGUCCGAUCUCCCCGGUAAGCAGCAAAUGAUUCCAACUGGAUCGCCGAGUCCGGUAUAUCCUCCGUCAGCCAGGUUUCUGUGAAGAGGCUGUGCUGUCAAACCAUGGUGCUGCCCCUGAGACCAACCGCCCUGAGAAUAUGCAAUGCUUAACGGUGACCAUCCUUCGAGGAAAGGAUGGAUACGGCUUCACCAUCUGCUCGGAUUCCCCUGUGAGGGUGCAGGCUGUUGACCCAGGAGGCCCAGCAGACCAGGCAGGACUACAGCAGCUGGACACGCUCCUGCAGCUCAAUGGCCAGCCUGUGGAGCAGUGGAAAUGUGUGGACUUGGCCCAUGCUAUCAGAAACAGCGCCAAUGAAAUCACGGUGGUGGUGUGGCGCACGGGCCCCUCAGCCAAGCCAAACUUCGAGGGUCUCAUCCACCGCCCCUCCUACAAGCCAGCCUCCUCCUCCACCUACGAGACGCCCUCGCCGCCUGUCCGCAGGCGCGACCCAGAUCUGGGCACCAGUCGAACCCCUCCAGCCGUGCCCCCGCUCCCGGCUCACCACCGGGCCGCCGCCGCCCGCAGACUGCUGGUCAACGGCUCUGAAGGCGCCCCCGGUGGCACCUUGGGGGUGGACACCCUGAGGUGGGGCGCCCAGGGGGGGUCGGCCGAGGAGCUGGAUGGGAAGCCGCGGCUCCUCCACCACCCUCACACGGCGACGCUGAAGGGGACGAGGGUGAAGGCGUCCAACGGGGACAACUACAUCAUCCUGUCCCCCAUCAACCCUUCAAGCCAGAUCUUGAGGCCUGUUUAUCAGGACAAUCAGGGAACGUUAGCCAGCAGGUUGUAUCCCACACGACAAGCCCCUGGCUCACUGAACCAGGCCGGCGUUGCUGGUGGAACCUUCUCUCCAGGAUUGAGCAGCGGCACCGGUGUAGGAGGAGCAGGAGGUGGCCCUUUCUCCAGUCGCACCGGCUUCCUGCGCCGCUCCAACAACUCCAAGAUGGCAAAAACCUCCAGCGGUACCUCCAACUCCAACUACCACCAGCAAAGCCCCAACUUUGCGAACUACCAGAACUGUACCAUAGUGCGCUCACACGUGCCACAUGGAAACAACUACGGAUAUGUUACCGUGGCGCCCAAGAUCCUCAUCUUCCCUAUCUUUGUUCAGCCUCUGGACCUUUGUAGCCGAGCCCUCGUCAUAACGGAGGAGAUGAUUCUACAUGAGAGCAAGCAUCACGCGCUAAAGGUGACAGUGUUCAUCUACACCGACCUGAUGCUUGUCACUAGAGAGGACGAGCCCGGCAGGUGUAACGUCCUACAGAGUCCUUUAUACCUGCGACAUCUGCGACUCCAGGACGAUUAUGCUGACGAACUGAGAUUCUACCUUAUUCACAUGACUGAGAAGUGCGACUGCCUGCUCAGCCUGGAAGCUUACUCGGCUGAGCAGAAGCAUCAUGUAUGCCAGUGCCUGAAGGACAACAUCGACAAGCAGCUCCAGCUUCACAGGAGGGAGCCCGCCGUUGAGCAUUUUGAGCAGAUGUUGGAGCCAAAGGUGGAUGCCCCGUCUUGUGAGCUUGGUGGAGUCGGCGUAGACCGAGGGGGUGUCUGCCUCCACCUGCCACCCCGGGUUUCCGAAGGCGAGGAGAGCAGCCUGUAUCCGUCCAGCCCCUCGGAACCUUUAACCCUAAGCAGCCCUCACCCCUCGGAACCACUCACCCCUCUGCAUGAGGUGUACCUGCCCCUCGGUAGCCUGGGGGGUUCCGAGGAGCGGCAUAAGGUUCCCCCCACACCACCCCCUUCCACCGAGGGUGAGGACUGGAAAAGUAUGGAUGGACAUGAGAUGGAGAUCUGGAGAGAAGACAGGAGAGAGUAUGAGGAAGAGGAUGGUGCUAGUCGGAAGAGUGAGUUGGAAGAGAGAGAAGAAGGUGAUGUAGAGCGAGACGAAGAGGAGAUCAACUUGGUGGUGUCCAACCCAGAUGAGGACAACGCCUCUGAACCGCCUGACACCAACGCCCCCCCUUCGUCCUCAUCGUCCUCAUUCGUCAUUCCUGAGCUGCGCCUGGACCGCUCCUUCAGUGCCGACGCCCUCUCCUCCCCCAACACCGACGAAGAAGAAUACGACGAGGAGGACGACGACGAUUCUGAGGAGGAGGAGGAGGACGACGACGACAGCGACGACGCCUACCUGCAGCGCACUGACAGCAAGCGCCGCUCCAUGGUGGAGGGCGCCACCUGCGAGAAGCAUGGAGGGGGCGGGCUCAGCGUGCAGAACUCCUUGCGCAGGCGCACCCAUAGCGAGGGCAGCCUCCUGCAAGACCCCCGCACGCCUUGUUUCACCUCCGACAACGCCAUCAACUGCCUGGAGGUGGGCGGGGCGCGACACAAGGGCGGCUGGACACUCCCCUCGCCGAAGACCCUGAAGAAAGAGCUGACCAAGAAUGGCGGCUCGAUGCAUCAGCUGUGUAUGCUCUUCUCCGGCAGAAAGCUCAGCUCCGGAUCCCCCUGCAGCUGCGAGGUCAGCCCCGACGGCACAAAGAAGAAGAAAUCCAAGAACCUGGCCAAAGACAUGAAGAACCGCUUGGCUUUCCUGCGGCGGAGGAACGAAUCGCCGGGAAGCAACACAGCCGGAAAGUUGGACAAAACCAUGAAGUCAGUCAAGCCCACCCCUGAGGAGGCACUCAAGUGGGGGGACUCUCUUGACAAGCUGCUGGGACACAAAUAUGGUCUGGCAGCCUUCAGAGCUUUCCUGCGCACCGAGUUCAGCGAGGAGAAUCUGGAAUUUUGGCUAGCGUGCGAGGAGUACAAGAAGAUCAAGUCUCAGUCCAAGAUGGGCUCCAAAGCCAAGAAGAUCUUUGCGGAAUACAUUGCGAUACAGUCUUGUAAAGAGGUGAACCUGGAUUCUUACACUCGGGAUCACACCAAGGACAACCUGCAGAAUGUGACGCGCUCCUGCUUCGACCUGGCUCAGAGGCGGAUAUACGGGCUGAUGGAGAAAGACUCAUACCCUCGCUUCCUGCGCUCGGAACUCUACUUGGACUUGAUCAACCAAAAAAAGGCCAGCUCCACUUCGACGUCCUCUUCAUCAUAAGAGGCAAAAAACAAAACAAAUACUGGGAAUUUUCCCAGAGCCGAGGUUUCUUGUCUGUCAUCCUAUGAUGUGUUUUUUGUUGUGCGAGGACACGGCAAAGGAUUGUCUUUGAGUGGACUGCUAAAAAAAAGCCUCCAGUUGAGGGCUGGAUGCUUGUCUGAUCACUGUUAUUUUUUGUUUGGUCCAGUUGUACUGGAGAAUUAGGACGGGGGUUUGCUAAGAAACCCCCCUGCAGACAUUGAAGACAGUCCGGUACUGUUCGUCUUUAUUUUCUAAAUUGUAGUCAAAAGUGAAACCACUUGCUGAACUGUUGGUACGACAAAAUCUUUGUUUCCUGUGGGACGGAAGACAUUGUAAUACCGUUUCAUCAUCACUUAUGAGACCUUGGAUAACGAUGGACGAAGAAUGCACCCGGAUGGACGGAAAGACUUUUAAAGUCCCAUUAAUAGCAAGAACAAAGGACUCUCCUCCGCAGACUUUCUUACAGCGAGGGGCAGGACUAUUGUGCACACAGCCAAAAAUUCCUUUAAAAAAAAAAACAAAAACAAAAAAAAAACAAACACCGUAGCUCAUAACGAGGACGCAUUCUCAGGACGUGACAAGUUCCGGCUUCAGUUGUUUUCUGGCACUCCGUACUUAUUAUACUGAGCAAUAUACACAACAGCAAAAGCGCAAAAACAAGAAAAAGUAACUUGCUGGAGGCUUCUUCAGACAUCCUCCCAAAGCACUCGGCUCUUAACCACCACACAGGUCCAAUGCUGUCCUGAAUUUAAGUGCAAUAUUUUUAUUUUUUCAUAUUAUUAUUAUUAUUAUUAUUAUUUGUUCAUUUAUUUGGAUAAUGUAGAACUUUAUGGGGCUUUAGCUCUGUAUUAACUUUAUUUGAUAAGCGAGAAGAAGAAACUUAGAGCUAUAAGUUUGACUUCCAGUGUAAACUCUGAUGUAUUUCAUGGAUUGCAAGCAAGUGUUCGCCACCCCUGGCAGCAGGCAGCCGGGAAUGCUUGUAAAUAUAAUUCUUUAAGAAAACUAUGUGAUACCACAUUUAAAAAAAAAAAAAAAAAACAAGAAAAAAGAAAACCACAGUGUGUUUCCACUGGCUGUGAAAGUGGGAUUCAGCUGUGUUUAUGUACAUAGAAGAGACUCCAAACUAUUAUAAGAUGACAUGUAAUGUUGAGAAAUAACAAAAGGAAAAUAGACGAAUCUCCUCUUCCGGUUAUACAUACAAUACAUUGUACUGCUUGUAAGGAGGGUUUUUUUUUCUUUUCCUGAAUGCAUUUGAUCAUUUUCACUGUUUACAAGUCGACAUGCAUCUUCUACGAUAGCAAAGUGAAAACAGUAGAUUGCAUCUGGUAUCAAAUGCUAAUGAUAAAUAAAACCAUCAGCUGAACAAGUCCCGUGUGUCCCUUUUUUUUUUAAAGGUUAAACUCAUUAGCGUACAUACACUCAUCACGGGAAUGAACAUCAUCAAAUGUGAUUUAUUUAUUUGAACACUCUUUUUGCAGGGUGGAAUUGUUUCUACAACAUACACCUUCAGUGAUUUUUAAAAACAAUUGGGUGCACAAGUCUGUCUGUUUGAUCCAGCAAGAGAUGUUCUACAUUUAGGGAUGCCUUUAAAGAGAAAUGGUAGCGGUUGUAAGUGCUAAUUACAUCUACAUUAUUGUUUAUGUACUGUAUUAGUUCGAUGUAUCAAACAUGUUUUAUCUUUUCAGAUGUUUUAAACGUGCCGGGUUGGGAGUGAGGUCCUGCCCCAGCUGGAGGAGUUCAAGUAUCUGGGGGUCUUGUUCACGAGUGAGGGAAGGUCGAAGCAUGAGGUCGACAGGCGGAUCGGCCGUCGUGGUGACGAGAGAACUGAGCCGGAAGGCAAAGCUCUCAAUUUUACCGGUCGAUCCAUGUUCCCACCCUCACCUCUGGUCAUGAGCUUUGGCUCCUGACCGAAAGAAUUGAAUUGUGGAUACAAGCAGCGGAAAUGAGUUUCCCCACGUAGGGUGGCUGGACUCA